GUCAGCACAUGUACAUUUCGAAAGAGCGACACAAACUAGAGGAUAGGCAUUUACAUGUUAACCGUUCGACUUUCCAUCGAGUGUUUCUUGAUUCCGGAUUAUGAUGGAGUUUACAAGCAACGUUGAUGAAAAAAUGCCACUCUACUCGAUACACAUACAUUACUUCCCCGAGGUUUUACCUCGUCUGUUUUACCGCGGUAUUUUUUCAAUUGCGAUCGCACUCGUCUUUACCGCGGUGCUCCAUAUUUUCACCCGCGGUGGACGCGAGGUGGAAGCACGCGGCAAAGACGAGGUUUUACCGCAGCCUAAUGGGUCCAUAGUUUCAGGCGGUACUGUAUUUUGAAAGGUUCCUUAAAUAACUUAAAUGAUCAAUAGUUUUUUUCCUAUUUUUUUUUCUACAGUUGUAUAUACAAAGUACUUCAACUUAACCUGUUACAUAUAUUUCCAAUCACAAAAAGGUACAUUUUUGGUUAGAGCUUCUUCUAUAGUCCAUCUCAACCCCCUCCCCCAAUAAAAAUGUGUAAAUUGUUGGGCAAAAUAAGCGAAGCACACUAUAAAAUUUUAUCCCAAUCAACAAGAACACUUUUACAGGGUAAAAAUAAUCUUCAAAAAUCUUGCUGGCCAAAGUUGAUUUUAAAAUUAAACUAUAUUCUCAUUCAUCAGUAUGCAAGACACUUGACUGUUAUGAAGGCACUUCAAACUGGGCAGUGGCAACGCUGGAAAGAAAAAGCCUGGAGGUUACAUGUUCUGAUAAAGAAAAGAUGCAAUUAACAAUAUUAUUGUCCCCAGAGGCCAUGAUUGUUUUGAUAAGCACCAAGAAUCACUGACCAAAAGGAUUGCUGCCUCAAGGGACAAGAAUGAAUGCUGCAAGGCAGUUAGGAAAGGGGUAUUUAAAGUGUUGCUCUCCAACAUGACUGUAAAAGUGUGGAAUGCUACAGAGACUCCUAAAAUGGAACAAUUCCACAUGCAACUGAAGGAAAAUAUGCAAUUUGCGAUGGACUUAAAAGGAACCUUAAGCAUUCGACUGCAAAGUGCGCUUUUGUAACGUGCACUGCAGCUAGCUUUACAGCAGGCAAAAAACAUAUAUUGCAAGAGUGGUGAUUGCAAAGAAAAAGGUGAAGGAGCGAGGUCCUUGGGCAAAUCAUGGUUACACUUUGCAAGGUGGUGAAUUAUCUGUCAGUAAAUGUGUAAUUGGCAUACGUCACAAGUUUUCCUUCUAUGGUAAUCAAGCGUAGCACAAUUCAAAUGAACAAAGAAGGAUCCCAAGAUGUGUAUGGAAAGCUGUUCAACAGGGAUUUUCCCAGGCGCUGUUUACACAAGAAUUACCACCUUGAUCCGCUGAGGUAAGAGGAAGCCGUUGUCAUCGUCUCUUAUGCAGAAAAGAACUCUCAGCUGUAGUCUCAACUCGGUGGGGAACUGUUCAUCACCAGGUGUUUUAGAGGUUUAAUAUACAGGUUGAGGCCGCUGGCAGGAUUUCAACAAUGAAGUUUUCUCUGUUCUGUUUGAUGAGUUUGUUGAUGGCGGAUGUGUGCAGUGCUGGUCGAAUAUGGCAAGAUCUUAUAGCACGAAUGCGAAAACGUAGAUCAGUAGCUCCAGCUGGCUUCUUGGAUAUCCACGUCCGAAGCGAAGGUUGUAAUGAUCCAGGCAAAGCACCCAACACAUGUGGUAUCGCUUACAUCAAGGUGAAUGGACGUGAUCACUCUCCGCAUGUCAGGGGUCAUAACGUUGUUGUUGUGGACGCUACAACAGGGGCUGUGACUGGGACAGCGUCUUUUGAUACUCACGGGGAUAGUGGAGCUGGUAACCGCCUGAGAGACUAUCUUAACGGAAUACAUGGAGAUAAAAUCGCUUGUGUCGCCGUUCAAGAUGAAGGUUCAAGAUACGUGUCAGCAGCAUUUGAUGCUCUCAAGAGACUAGGGGCUACUGAUCCCAUCUUAACAGACUUCCGAGGAUCAUUCGCUUUUUGUGGGUACGCACGAGUUAAAAAGCCAUCAUGGGUUGCUCAGCAACAAGCAAACAGUGGCCAGGGACCCAGCGUGAUAUCUUUCAAAGUUCCGUUUACACCACAUCCGUACGUUGAUGUUCACGUUCGAAGUGAAGGCUGCGAGGAUCCAGGAAAGGCACCCAACACAUGCGGCAUUGCUUACAUUAAUGUAGAUGGCACAGAGCGCUCACUUCGCCGUAGAGGACAUAACGUUGUCAUCGUGGAUGCUGGAACAGGUUCCGUGCUUGAUGUUAAAUCAUUUGAUACUCAUGGGGAUAAUAACGCUGGUAACGGCCUUAGGGACUAUCUCAACGGCGUACGAGGAAAUAAGAUCGUUUUGAUCGCUGUUCAAGAUGAAGGUACAAAGUUCUUGUCACCAGCAGUUGAUGCUAUCAAAGGAGUAGGCGGUGUUGAUCCCGUCAUGAUAGAAUACCGAGGAUCAUUUGCUCUCGUCGGAUACGCAGACGCAGCCACAAAUAGACCAGUCUGGAUUGCGCAGCAAGUGCGAGGAAGAGCCCAGGGACCCAGCGUGAUCUCGUCGAGAAUUCCACUCUCACCAAGCAGGCCUCCUUCUGUGGAUGUUGACGUUCGAAGUGAAGGUUGCAAUGAUCCACAAAAAACUCCCAACACAUGCGGAAUUGCUUACAUUAGGGUGAAUGGAAAGGACCACUCUCCUCAUAUCAGGGGACAUAAUGUUGUAGUUUUGGAUGAGGCUACAGGUUCCGUGCUUGAUGCUAAAGCAUUUGAUACUCAUGGAGUUGGUUCGGCUGGUAACAGCCUCAGAGACUUUCUUAACAAUAUACAAGAAAACAAAAUCGUUUUGGUCGCAGUUCAAGAUGAAGGUUCACGAUACAUGUCUUCAGCAGUUGACGCACUUAAGAGACUGGGCGCUGUUGAUCCCGUCACGCCAGACUAUCGUGGAUCAUAUGCUCUUGUGGGAAAUCCGCGAACGGUCAGCCCACCGUGGAUUACACAACAAAGGAGACUAAGUGCCGAAGGACCUAGCGAGAUAAACAUAAACAUCCCGCUUUCAUCAAAUUGCCUUGGUGCUCUUGGCUCGGAAAACGGUGGAAUCCCUGACGGACAGUUAAGUGCCUCUACAGAGUGGGACGCCCAUCUUAAUAUCCCUAUGGGCAGACUACGUUCUGCGAGGUCUUGGUCAGCUCGCGUCAACGAUGCAAAUCAGUGGUACCAGGUUGAUUUGGGUAGCGAGUACACCAAAGUGACGGGUACAGCCACCCAAGGAAGAGGUGAUCACCCCCAGUGGGUAACUAAAUACAAGCUGCAGUACAGUAAGGAUGGAGUGAACUUCAACUACUAUCGGGAACAAGGUGCAGUGAAGGAAUUUCUUGCAAAUACAGACCAGCACACGGUUGUUUAUCACGUGCUCAUUCCACCAAUUAUGGCUCGCUACAUCCGGUUUAAAAUACUCACUUGGCACGGACACAUAUCAAUGAGGGCGGAGGUCUAUGGUUGUCCAGGAUGUCGACAAGCUCUUGGAAUGGAAAAUGGUGUUAUCAGUGACGAACAAAUCAGUGCUUCUUCACAAUGGGACGCCAAUCACGCCGCCGUUCAGGGCAGAUUGCACUUUAAAGCAGGUGGAGGCAAGCAAGGAGCUUGGUCAGCUCGUGCCAACGAUGUAAACCAGUGGCUCCAGAUUGAUCUAGGUAAUAUGUACACCAAAGUGACUCGUGUAGCAAGCCAAGGUCGACAAGGCAGUGAUCAAUGGGUAACUAAAUACAAACUUCAGUACAGUACAGAUGGAGUAAACUUCCAAUACUACAAGGACGAAGGACAAGCCGCAGACAAGGAAUUUCUUGGAAACGCAGACCAAAACACUGUUGUUUAUCAUGCACUCUAUCCAGCAGUUAGCGCGCGUUACAUCCGGUUUCGACCACUCGUUUGGCACAAUCACGUAUCAAUGAGGGUCGAGGUUUAUGGUUGUCAAGGAUGUAGAGAUGCUCUUGGAAUGGAAAGUGGUGUCAUCACUGACGGACAAAUCAGUGCUUCUUCACAAUGGGACGCCAAUCACGCCGCCGUUCAGGGCAGAUUGCACUUUAAAGCAGGUGGAGGCAAGCAAGGAGCUUGGUCAGCUCGUACCAACGAUGUAAACCAAUGGCUUCAGAUUAAUUUGAAUGGGUACGUUACAUUGACACAUGUGGCAAGCCAAGGAAGGAAUGCCCACGACCAAUGGGUCACUAAAUACAAGUUGCAGUACAGUACAGAUGGAACGAACUUCCAGUACUACCAGGAACAAGGCAAAGACAAGGAGUUUCCUGGAAACACAGAUCGGGACACUGUUGUUAGUCAUCAACUUAACCCGCCAGUUGAGGCACGUUUUGUGCGUUUUCGACCAGUCACUUGGAAAAAUCACAUCUCAAUGAGGGUGGAGCUCUAUGGGUGUGCAAGCGUAUCCCCAGACCAUUGCGCGAACAGUCCAUGCCAGAACGAAGCCACGUGUGUCAAUCUUCAGGCAGGCUAUCGCUGUGAUUGUAAAACUGGUUAUUCUGGAGAUAACUGCGAAACAGAUAUCAACGAGUGUGCUCCUGCACCUUGUCAAAAUGGCGGCACAUGUGUGGAUCUUGUCGGAAGUUACCGCUGUGAUUGUAAAACAGGAUAUUCUGGUACCAACUGUGAAACUGAUAUCAACGAGUGCUCACCUGAUCCUUGUCAAAAUGGCGGCACAUGUGUUGAUCUUGUUGGAAGUUACCGCUGUGAUUGUAAAACAGGAUAUUCUGGUAACAACUGUCAAACAGACAUCAACGAGUGCUCGCCUGAUCCUUGUCAAAAUGGCGGUACAUGUGUGGAUCUUGUUGGAGGUUAUCGCUGUGAUUGUAAAACGGGAUAUUCUGGAACCAACUGUGAAACAGAUACCAACGAGUGCUCACCUGAUCCUUGUCAAAAUGGCGGCACAUGUGUGGAUCUUGUUGGAAGUUACCGCUGUGAUUGUAAAACAGGAUAUUCUGGAAGCAACUGCGAGACAGAUAUCAAGUCUACCAACGAGUGCUCACCGGAUCCUUGCCAAAAUGGCGGCACAUGUGUGGAUCUUGGUGGAAGUUACCGCUGUGAUUGUAAAACGGGAUAUUCUGGAAGCAACUGUGAAACAGAUAUCAACGAGUGUGCACCUGCUCCAUGCAGAAAUGGUGGGACAUGUGUGGAUCUCAUUGGAAGUUACCGCUGUGACUGCGCUACUGGAUGGCUUGGGUCAACUUGCGAGGAGCCCGAAAUAGAUGAAUGUGAAGAGUAAUAUGCCAUGCUCCCAAGAACAGGUUCGUAAAAAAAGAUUUUCAAGACAGCAAAUACUUAAACGAAGAUUCAUAAUACAGGAUUUCAACAUUUUAGCCCGCUUUUUCUGAUCGAAACAAUAAAGUUCCAUUG